AUGCUUCUUAUGGAAUCAGACUCUGAUGAAGAAUUAGAGAUAAUUGCAAAUCUUGCUAUGGAAGAAGAAAUAUCAACAUCACAUGGUCGUCCUAAAAAAUGUCGCACAUUCAUUCGGCGUGACCGCUUGCAAGCCGGGGAAGAUCUUUUUCGUGACUAUUUUGCUGAACCACCAAUAUAUCCUCACAAAUAUUUUCGAAGGAGAUUUCGAAUGAGUCGUGAUCUUUUUUGCCGUAUUCAAUACGCGGUUGAAGCCAACGAUCCGUAUUUUGUCCAAAAAAGAGAUGGUUCCCAAAGGCUCGGUCUUACUUCCCUUCAAAAGAUUACUGCCGCACUUAGGAUGCUUGCAUAUGGUGUUACAGCUGACUUUAUGGAUGAAUACUUGAAGAUUGGAGAAACCACUGUCGUUAAGAGUCUUAAAAGGUUUGUUCAAGCAGUGAUUUCAGUUUUUUCAGAAGAAUACUUAAGGUCACCCAACAAUAAAGACAUCGCUAGAUUGCUAGCGGAAGGCAAAAACUGUGGAUUUCCAGUGGCUUCAUAUGAUCUUUGGAUAUGGCACGCUUUUUUUGGUUUACCUGGAUCUCAUAAUGAUAUAAACGUACUGGAAAGGUCAUUUAUAUUUUCUGACCUUGUUCAAGGGCGUGCUCCUCCUGUUAACUACACCGUUAAUGGUCAUAACUAUAAUAUGGGAUACUACCUUGCUGAUGGCAUAUAUCCACAGUGGGCGACAUUUGUGAAAACAAUUUCAUCUCCACAAGGAAAUAAGAGAAAACACUUUGCUGCAGCCCAAGAGUCAGCAAGGAAAGAUGUGGAGCGGGCAUUUGAAGUACUUCAAGCACGAUUUGCAAUAGUACGUGGACCUGCACGAUUUUGGAAACUUGAAAUGCUCAAAGACAUUAUGAUGGCAUGUGUAAUUCUACAUAACAUGAUCGUUGAAGAUGAGCGGACUAAUAACAGAGACGAAGACUUUGAAUAUGAACAACUCAAUGAACCACUUGAACCAGUGACACUCGGGGCUACAAAUGACUUUAGUGAGUUCAUUCGACGCCAUCAUUCCAUUAGAGACAGGGAAACUCAUUCUCAACUCCAGUUGGACCUUGUCGAGCACUUAUGGCAACUACAUAGCGAGGCAUAA